ACACACAAACACACGUACACACAGUCGUUUGCCGUGGUCUUCUCAGAAAUGUUGUCUCUCUUGCGCCAUGUAACACCCUCUUGUUAUGGAGGCAGACGCUCCAUAGCGACGCUCAUCUCUGGAAAUGCAACAUCCAAGCUGGUGAGGGAGAGGCUGAAGAAAGAAGUGGACAAGAUGAAGACAUCAGAGUUUAGACCAAGUCUGGUGGUGUUACAGGUGGGAAGCAGAGAAGACUCCAACUUGUACAUCAGCAGUAAAAUGAAAGCUGCAGCUGAGGUGGGCAUCGACGCCUCGCACGUGAGGCUGCCUAACACGUCCACACAGGAUGAGGUGCUGAGGACCAUCAUGUCCAUCAACGAGGACGCAUCAGUGCACGGCCUUAUCGUCCAACUUCCUCUGGACUCCGUGCACACCAUCGACAUGGAGCUCAUCACCAAUGCUGUCUCGCCGCUCAAAGAUGUGGAUGGGCUGAGUUGCAUCAAUGCAGGGAAGUUGUCUCGUGGAGAUUUGAAUAACUGCUUCAUCCCGUGCACACCCAACGGCUGCAUGGAACUCAUCAGACAGACAGGUGUGAGCGUGGCAGGAAAACACGCGGUCGUGGUCGGCCGCAGCAAGAUCGUGGGCGCGCCCAUGCACGACCUGCUGCUGUGGCAUCACGCCACUGUCACCACCUGCCAUUCAAAGACACCCAACCUACCUGAGCAGGUGGGUAGGGCUGACAUCCUGGUGGUGGGGGCGGGACGAGCAGAGAUGGUGCAUGGAGAUUGGCUGAAGGAGGGAGCCGUGGUCAUCGACUGUGGAAUCAAUCACGUGGCAGAUGAAACCAAGGCGAGCGGGAAGCGCGUUGUUGGUGACGUCCACUACGGCUCAGCCAGUCAGAGGGCAGGAUACAUCACGCCCGUUCCAGGAGGGGUGGGGCCAAUGACGGUGGCCAUGCUGAUGCAGAACACAGUCCUCAGUGCUCAGCACUUCCUCGCCAACUUGGACGACAAGGACUCACAGUGACGUCGUAAAAAUAAAGGGCCUUCAUAAACUGGAUGAUGAAGAUGAUGAAGGUUGUGACCAAUCAGAAGCCAGGCGAUAUGGUUUAAAUGAGUUUUCCAUACAUUUUCUAUCGUCUGCUUUUGUAAUGAUACGACCAGCCUUUGUCACCACGGCAGCGACUUUUACUGGUCACAUGAUCAAGAGUGAAGCUGCUGUCAAAAUAAAAGCAGAAAGACAAGCCAGCUUGUUUGAGCAAAGCUUUUACUUUAAAAACAAAGACCAACUUCACAUCAACGA